GCUUGAUCAUGGAAGUCGUUUUUCGUACAAUUUCUGUAUUAAUAUUUUUAGUUUCUCCAAGUUUUUGUAUUUAUAAAGGAAUUCCCGCGGGAAAACAUGAAUUUCCAUAUCAAGUAGCCAUAUUGUUAGUCAAUGAAGGACCCGACGAACCAAUUUUAUGCAAUGGAGCUAUUUUGAACAAAAAUUGGAUCAUUAGUACAGCUUCUUGUCUAACAUCUCACGAUAAGGAAAACUUAAAUGCUGUUGCUGGAGUCCAUUACAUAUCAGCAUGGACAAAUCAUGAACAUCGAAGAGAAUUAACCAAAGUAGUUGCUCAUCCAGAUUUUGAUCAAGAAGCGAAACCAAAUGCCCUUUAUGAUGUUGCUGUCGGACAAUUAAACGAACCCUUUGUAUUUGGAGAGCACGUGAAAGCUGUAUCUUUACCUGAAAAGAAUACUUACCCAUCGGGUAAAAGUUGGGUUGCUGGAUGGGGAGGAACGUCGAUCAUUUAUAUGAGACCUAAUGACUUGAUGAAGGCAGAAGUUAGAAUUAGUCCGAAAAAUGGUUGCAUUGAAUCAGCAGCAGGACCAAUGUUUUGUGCUACUCAUUCAAAUACUUCACCAAUUUGUAAAUGGGACGAUGGAGCUCCUUUAGUUCAAGAACAUGAAGGCAAUUUUGUGUUAAUUGGUGUUGCUACGAUUCCGUUUAUUCCGAAAAAUACAAAUAAAUGUCCUAGUAGUACGCAAUCUAGUAAAUUUGCGAUGGUUUCGCAGUUGAAGGAUUGGAUAGAAAAGACGAUUGAGUAACGUGAACUUUAUUGAAAUUAUUGUUCAGUAUGUUUAAUAAAUUUGUUGAAUUCAAUUAAAGGA